AUGUCUCUCUUUACUUCUUCUCUCCUCGGGCGACGAAGUGUGCUGCAGGCUCUGGCCACUGCAAGCGCCUCCACGACCACCACCGCCGCCGCCACCUCCUUGACCACCCCCUCCCCUGCCGCCGCCGCGUCCACCGACGCCCCCACCACCACUCCCGCCCCUGCCGCCUCCCCCGCCGCUGCCGCCACCACCCCCACCACUGCCACUAGUCCCCCCAGCCCCACCACCACCCCCACCGCCGCCACCACCCCCACCACCGCCUCCCCCGCCGUCACCUCCGCCUCCCUUGCCCCAUUUGCCCUUGCCGCUGCGGCGCCCGCUCGAAGCAGACGCAGUCCCGACCUUCUCAGCACCAAGGAGGUCGACAGCAGAAGCAGAGGCUACAGAGGGAAGAAGGGGGGAAGGGGAACACCCCUCAAAGAAAGGGGUGCGGGGGUCGCCACGAGAGGCACCUACAGCGACUAUGCUAGCCUCAACUGCAAGCAGUUCCUUCUCGAGGAGGGCAAUGGUGAGCUCAGUGGGGCAGCGAGCUAG